AUGAUCUCGGAUAAGCUUGGAGGUGUGGCUAUUACCCAACCCAGACGAGUGGCUGCUGUCAAUUUGGCCAAGCGUGUCGCUGAGGAAACUGUAACAAAGUUGGGAGGGCAGGUUGGUUACACGGUUCGUUUCGACGAUACAUCUAGCCCUCACACAAUCAUCAAAUACUUGACCGACGGUAUGCUUCUUCGUGAAAUAUUAUCGGACGAGCUAUUAUUACGAUAUAAAGUCAUUGUUUUGGACGAAGCACACGAACGUACGCUAAGAACGGAUAUGCUGUUUGGUAUGGUCAAGAACAUUCAGCGGAUACGACAUGAAAAGGCGCAAAACGGCGAAGAUAUCGAGGAAUUGAAGAUUGUAGUGAUGAGUGCUACACUGGAUGCUGAGAAGUUCAGCGAGUUUUUUGAUGGUGCAAAGAUUCUUUACGUGUCUGGUCGAUUACAUCCUGUCGAUACAUUCUUCACGCAGGAACCGCAGGCGGACUAUCUCGACGCAGCACUUGUUAGUAUAUUUCAGAUACAUACCAAGAACCCGCUUGGCGAUGUUCUUAUUUUCCUUCCAGGUCAGGAGGCUAUUGAGACCCUUACAGGUUUGGUGAAUGACUAUGCGAAACAGCUACGAGGAAAGCAGCAGAAAUUGCUCCCCUGUCCCCUGUUUGCUGCCCUGCCGCCAUCACAGCAGCAAAAAGUUUUCGAUCCUGCACCAGCCAAUACCCGCAAAGUCAUCUUGGCCACGAAUAUCGCAGAAACGAGUAUUACUAUACCUGGAAUCAAGUAUGUCGUGGAUUGUGGUCUAGCAAAGAUGCGAGGAUUCAACCCCAAGAUUGGAGUAGAAUCGCUUUUAUUGCAUCCCAUUUCAAAAAGCUCAGCAUGGCAGCGCACAGGUCGUGCUGGAAGAGAGCGUGCCGGUGUAUGCUAUCGAUUAUACACAGAGCAAACGUUUCGCGAGCUUGACGAUGACACAGUACCAGAAAUCCGACGCUGCAACCUUGCUGCUGCUGUUCUUUCAUUAAAGGCUUCCGGUAUCGACAACGUUUUGGAAUUCGAUUACAUGGAUCGACCUUCAAGAACAUCACUGGUACGGGCACUUGAAGAACUGUAUGCAUUAGGUGCAAUCGAUGACACUGGCAAGCUGUCUCCCCUCGGACGCAAGAUGUCUGAGUUCCCGCUUGAUCCUGCUUUCUCUAAAGUGCUGAUCAAGUCUGCUGAGUACGGCUGCACAAUGGAAGUGGUUGCCAUCAUCUCCUUGUUGUCAGUUGAUACGAUCUUUUUCACGCCAUCCGACAAGCGAGAGCAAGCUGCUGAAGUCCGCCGCAAGUUUUUACAUCCAGACGGUGACCAUCUGACACUUUUAAACGUCCUCAAGGGGUAUUGGGAAGUCAAAGGGGAUGCAGAAUGGUGUAAAGAAAACUUCAUCAAUAUCCGGAAUGUCAAAGUCGCAUUGGAAGUCAGAGAGCAGCUGGUCCGUUUCUGUGAGCGACUCGAUAUCCCACCAGCAACCACAUGCGGCACAGAGACAGAGUCGGUCUUGAAAUGCUUUUUGACAGGCUUCUUUCGGAAUACCGCGCUGUUGCAACCAGACGGCUCAUACAAAAGCGUGGCCGGCAAUCAGCCUGUCAAGAUCCACCCUGGUUCGGCGAUGUUCGGUAAACGGGUGGAAGGCAUCAUGUACAACGAAUUGGUUUUUACUACAAAACAUUAUGUCCGCGGUGUCUCAGCAAUUCAAUCGGCUUGGUUACCUCAAGCUGCGCCAAAAUAUUUCAAUAAUAAAGCACUCUAA